AAAAGAAGUGGAAGCCUUCAGACACCCUCCACACGUUGUUGAGCUCCCCUCACAACCUGUCCAAGCCCAUCCUUUGGUGAAGGAGAACCUCCUGGUCGACAUGGACUUUAACGGCACAUGGCAGGUCUACGCUCAGGAGAACUAUGAGGAGUUCCUCAAGGCAAUGGAGCUUCCCGACGAGGUCAUCAAGAUGGCUAAGGACAUCAAGCCCGUGACGGAGAUCACACAGAAGGGAAACGACUUUGUAGUGACCACCAAGACCCCCGGGAAGACAGUGACCAACUCCUUUACCGUUGGCAAGGAGGCUGACAUCACCACCAUGGACGGCAAAAAGCUCAAGUGCGUUGUCAACCUGGAGGGGGGCAAACUAGUCUGCAAAACUGGCAAGUUCUGCCACAUCCAGGAACUCAAAGGAGGGGAAAUGAUCGAGACUUUGACCAUGGGCUCUGCAAUGCUCACCAGGAAGAGCAAGAAAAUGUAAACCUGGCAAUGACAUUUGAAAUAAAGUUAAAUAUCAAAGUG